AUGGAAGCUGCAGGGACCCUUAAGACAGCUGCUGAAGGACUAGCUGCAGACUUCCCAGCCACAGAGGAACUGAUACUCGAAGACACCGAAAUAUCAUCAAUCGAAGCAGGUAGAUUUAAGGAUUUAUCAGGACUGAAGAAACUGUCUUUCAUCAGAGCUGGUUUUUCAGGAGGUGGGAUAAGUUCAUUAGCAUUUGAGGGACUAACGCAAUUGACUGAACUCACUCUCUCCGAAAAUGCGAACGAUCCCCCAAUGGUCUUACCUUUCAAAGUGUUCCUGCCUUUAUCUGGUCUUCGAAAGCUUGAUCUCAGCCGCAACCACCUCCCUGGGGAAUCAAUCAGUGAAAACGUACUGCAAGGACUAUCAGGUUUGGAGACGCUCGAUCUUUCCUUCAAUAAACUUGACACGUUGUCUGGAAACCAGUUACAAAGGCUGACAUCAUUGAAGACGUUGUCUUUGAGAUCCUCCGGUGUAUUAGUGCUAACUCUCACCACAUUCACUGGACUUACAAAGCUGGAAAGUUUGGACAUUUCAGGCAACCCUACCAUGAUUCUUUCCGAUGAUGCACUGAGUCCGUUUUUGUCACUUAAGUCCAUUAACUUAAAUUCGAACCAGCUACCAGAAUUUAGAUCCGAAGUACUAGCCCCUGUAAAAGCAACAUUGGAAGAUUUAGACUUGAGUGUGAAUGAUUUCGGCACAUUUAAAGACAACCAGUAUGGGUUAUUGUCUAAUCUAAAAGUGCUGAAUCUAAGUGCAAUGAUCAACCCCGUUCACAAAAUCGAAGCCGAUGCGUUUACUGGUUUAAGCAGCCUUGUUACAUUGGACUUGAGACGGAAUCAAAUGAGCCACAUCCAGCCUGAUUCCUUCAAGAAUAUCCCGCAGGCAGAGAUCAAACUGGAAGGCAAUUCUUUCUUCUGUAACUGCGAAGUUGCUGGUGUCCAUCAAUGGCUCAUGCAAGACAACCCUAAAACUGAUGUCGUCUGCAUGAUGCCGUUUAGACUUCGUGGAAAGAGUCUAAAAACAAUGGAUUUAGUUGAUGACAUUGGGUGUAAGACACCUAAACUCAUUGUGGAGGAGAAGAUACGUGCUAAUGAAGGAUUAACUGCGAGUUUUGAAUGUGGGAUGAAGGAUUACCAUGGUUACCCAAAGGUAACCUAUCGUGUUGUGUCCGGGUCUCCCCUGCCAUCCAAUAGGACAACCAUCAGGGUUGUCAAUACGACAAGCACAACUGGGGAAUUCACUUUGAAAUAUGUGUUCACUGUGACCAGAGUCAGUAGUUCAGACAGUGGACUUGUGGAGUGUUCUGGUAGCGGUGGUUUCGGAAGUAGCAAGGCUACUAUUGACAUUUUUUACGGCCAGGAAGGACUUCCUCUGUGGACUAUCAUUGUGAUCAUAGUUUGUGUUGUUGUGGUUUUCGCUGUCAUUGUCAUUACUGUCAUCGUUGUGAAGAAGAAGAAGACGAAGAAGAAGAGCGAGAAAUACUUAUCUGUGCCUCGUCACAGCUACGUGGCUUGA